AACAAAUUAUAAAAAUGUCAAAUUGAAACCUUUUCUCUUAAUAAACAAAUAUUAAUGUGGGAAGUAUUGUUUUAAACUGUGUAACCUCUCUGGUAGUUAAUACUAGACCCAUUUCAAUGAACCGCUUCUAUGAAUAACUGAAUAAUGUCGACUUCUAUAUAAAAGCUGGAGCUAACAGUUCCGACUUCAGUAUCUUAGGAAAAAUGCAUCUGAGCAGCGUUCUACUCUUUCUUGGCUGGGUUACGAUCGUCAACUCCUUGAGCCUAAGCUCGAUGAAUAGAAAUAUAACGAGUUCAGAAAGUCUGGAGAAGGUGCCUGGAAAACUACCCACUGAAGCUAAAUUAUGUAUCCCCAUUGAGGUUAAAAAUUCUGAUAAAAAUUCCACAAUUGCUCCCAAGGAAGCAACCACCACAGAAAACAGUAAGGAUCAUGCCACAUCUAAACAGGCCAACAAGGACAAGGUUACUACCGAAAGUCCAGGAAAUAAGGAUGCAUCCACUGACUGUGAACCAAUUCCUUCGGGUAUUGACACAAAGCUAAGUGUCGCAGUUCUGAAAGUUCUCGCAACAAAAACCCUGGGCUAAUCCCAUUUUCAAAUAGUAACAUGUAUUAAAACUAGUUUGAAGAAUAAAAGGGAAAUAAAUGGA